AUCCCUUUUAAAAUGUUUCUCAAGAAAUCUGAUGAAUCCCACCGGGUGUAUUUCCAGCAGUGACACACCCCCUUAAGAUACUUACAGAGUGUGAAAGCCUGAACAUUUCUGCGUUGGUCUGGCUUCAGUCAUCAUGCAGAAAAUCGCUGAACUCAUUUCUACUGCUCUGCUGUGGAUCUUCAUCUCAUUCCCUCCCAGAGUGUUCUGCAUGCAGCCAGUUGCCUGCCGGUGGGGCUCUUUUGGCACUUGGUCAGAAUGUGACCCCUGCACCAAGCUGCAGACAAGAAGUCGACCCAUGGUUGUCUAUGCUCAGUUUGGCGGUGGCCCCUGCAGUGGCCCCCGGUCUGAGACCAGUUCCUGUGAAACCACUCAAGGCUGCCCUUUAGAGGAUGGAUGCGGAGACAGGUUUCGUUGUCAGUCAGGAAGAUGCAUUAGCAAGUCUCUGCUGUGUAAUGGAGAUCAGGACUGUGAAGGAGACGGACUGGAUGAGCGUGUCUGUGAUGCUAAAACGUUUGUCGCGUGUCCAGGCCAAGCUCCGCCCCCACCGGACAUUGAGAAAUUGGGACUUGGGUUUGAUGUGGUGACUGAAAAGACAAGAGGCAGUGUCAUCAACACAAACAGCUUUGGGGGCCAGUGUCGAACAGUUUACAGCGGUAACCACAACAAUGUGUAUCGGCUGCCCCUCAGUGUACUCCAGUACAACUUUUUGGUUACAGUUAAAAAUGACUUCAGUGGUGAGAUGUUCAGCAGUAAGUGGCACUAUGCAAAGGAUAAAGUGGAAAGGGAGAAAGUUACAGGGACCACAUCGGGAUUUCGCAACUACGACUUUCACGAGACACGUGACAUCACUCAGACCCAAAAGCUUACAGUGUUGAAGAAUGACAUAGAGUUGGCUCAGUUUCAGAGUACUUCUCCAAAGUACCUCCCGAUAGCUGAGGAGUUUUGGAAAGCACUGGCAAAACUCCCAUUAGUCUAUGACUACUCAGCCUACAGGAAGAUUCUGGAGAGAUUUGGGACCCACUACAUAUCUGAGGGAAGCUUAGGAGGAUCCUUCAAAGCCGUCAUCUCAAUUAAUGAAGCAACUGACAAGUACUUGGCCAGAGAAACCCAGGUUCAUCAUGAAUGUUCAAGGACUAAACACUGGGUCCUCUUUUUCCCCAUUACCCGUGAGGAUUGCAUAGAUGACAACUUUGACAGACCAAAGAAAAGCGAUGCUGCAAGCCAAAAUCACAUUGAAAAAGUGCAUGUAGAGGGAGGAGGUGUCUCACAUAUUGCAGCACUUCAAAGAGUAAAUCUUGACGAUCCAAAUGCAAACUGGGAAAUUUACUCAAACUGGGCUGAAUCGGUGCGCUCAUUUCCAGGCGUCAUUAAACAAAAGCUGCAGCCAAUUUCAGAGCUGGUGAAGGAGGUUCAGUGCAGCGGGGUGAAGAGACUCUACCUCCGCAGGGCAAUAGAACAGUACCUGGAAGAGAAUGAUGCUUGCCACUGCCAACCCUGCAGAAACAAUGGCAUGGUCAUGAGGGACGGAGAUGUGUGCAAAUGCAUCUGCAAGGCUGGCACAACAGGCCCGGCCUGUGAAAAUGGAGCUGAAGUGGAGGGCCAACAGGGUGUGAUCAGUGGCGGUUGGUCCUGUUGGUCUGCCUGGUCAUCAUGCUCUGGUGGUCGAAGAUCACGAAGUCGCUCCUGCUCUAAUCCCUACCCGCAGAAUGGCGGACAGCACUGCAUUGGCGACCAGACCCAGACAUCUGGCUGUGACGAUGAAGAGGAGCUGCAGUACCUAAAAACCAUGGAACCCCAGUGCUUUGACAUCUCCCUCCCUGCACGCCAGAAGUGUGACACUCCACCCAGUCUAGUCAACGGCUACAUCCUGAACCCCAAGGAUAGUUAUUUUGUGGGUGAUAAAGUUGAGUACACCUGCACACCAGGGUUCUAUCUCCUUCCACACGGCAUCAUAGAAUGCACUGCUAGCCAAACCUGGUCUGCAAGUCCUGGUUUGUGUGCAGUUUCAGUGUGCAGGCUUCCUUCACUGGUCAAAGAUGUGAUAGUGACUCCUUUGCAGGAGUCCUAUCACCUCGGUGAGGUGAUCACCUUGUCGUGUCCAGAGGGUAAAGAGCUAGAGGGUGAACAAACAAGUAGAUGUGAUUCCAGUCUGCACUUUUCUCCAGACCCGGCACAGAUCAGAUGUACCCAAGUUCAAACAGCAAAGAAACCGGUUACUCCUGCACUGCAAUGCCAAACAUGGGAGAAGCCCUCCAGAGGAAGAUGUGUUUGCAAAAUGCCAAAUGACUGCAGUCCCUCACUGGAGUUGUGUGCCACAGCUCCAAAUGGAAAAUUUGUUCCCAUGACUGUGUGCAAAAUGCAUGCUAUCAAGUGUAUUGGGGGUCAGUUGCAGAUAUCAGAGUACAACAACUGCAUGUGGCCCCAACGCAACACAACAGGCUGCCACAACUGCCUUAUGUGGGAAGACUGUGAUGUUGAAAGAAAUCAGUGUAGCUGUAAGGACUCUGCAAACUGCUCAACCCCUGGAUCAAAUGUGUGUGUUCGUGUUGGCGAGGACGUGACAGCGCUCCCACAAUCCAUGAGCGAGUGUGAAGCUGGACUUCGACGAUGCAAAGGGGAGAAGGUGUCAGUAAUCAACAUCCUGCCAUGUGACUCCUGAGGGAAUCUGGAAAAAUGCUGAUUCUAUUUUGCAUCAUUUUAAUCUUUUGUUUACAAAAAUAAAACAUCUAAGCUAAUGUUGAUUAAAGUCUUACCAGUCACUGAACUAUGGCAACUUUUAAUGAAUUAGUCAAGACAACACCAAACUGUACAACACUCAGAAAUAAAAAGAAGUACUUCCACCUGA